GACUCGAUUACUGGAAUUGUCACCUCUGCCAGUUUAUAUGCACAUUUCUCUUCCACUAUGAGUAGAUCAAUUGUUUUACACAUUUGUCUGGCGUUCUGUAGCCUUCUAUUCCUCAGCUUUGCCACACAAUGUCUGGCCUUCCCCAAAAUGGAAAGAAGGGAGAUAGAACAUGAUCGUGCAGAAAAAGAGCAGACUGAGAGUACAAACGUAGAUGACCAAGAAAACAGUUCCAUCAUUCUAACGCAUAUGCCCCAAAUCAUGGUCUCUGAAGAUCCAAUAAUAGUGUCAGCUGGACCAUCAGUGACGCCAUUAAAUACAGAAUUCUCAGUUAAUAAAGAAACCCAGCCAGAGCCUAACAGCCCUAGUCGUUAUACUGCUACUGAGCCAGUGGUUCCAGUCAGUGAAGAAGUGUUUGGUUCCAGCCAGUCAGAGGGAAUGUCUCCUGAAAGCAGACUUUCCAAUGUCCUGUUAACUACUGGUAUCACUGCACUGACUUCUCUGAAUGUGGAUGACACGAAAGAACCCGUUAGCAGUACCAGCGUUCAGCCCAUUGCAGAAGGGACCACAGAUGCAACACAGGGUUUUCCGAAGUAUGUGGAUAGUCAGUUGUUUGCAACUGAAAGUCAGGAAGGAGUUAGCUUGGGACAUUCACCUUCCUCCUAUAUAAAUACUGAAGAAAUGCUAGCCACUAAUCCAAGACCUGAGAAAUUUGAAACAGACACAGACCAGAGGACCACUUCUUUUCCUGAUGAUGCUGAGUCCACAGCAGACACUGAGCCUGCAAGCCUUCUGUCUGAUGGGGAGAAGCCCUCACAGAUGACAGCCGAUAACACCCAGGCUACUGCCACUGAGCACUUGCCAGAGUACACUCUGAGUGUUGAGUCAGAAACUGACAGUCUGCUGGGAGCCCCUGAAGUCACAGUGAGUGACAGCACAGCUGUUCCAGCUGCCUCUGUCUUAAGUAAUGAGUGGGAUGACACCAAACUAGAACGUGUAAGCCAGAUAAGGACCCCACAGCUCCGAGACAAUACAGAGACUCAGGAGAGAAUAGAACCUUCACAGACAGCACAUGUAAGCCUUUACAGGACAGAAGGGGACCAACCUUGGACAGAGGCUGAAGGGGGAACACACAUGGGGAUGACUCUGCUAUUAUCGAAAGGGGAUGAGACAUCACCUGCCUUCACCCAUCCAAGUUCCUUUACUCCCACGAGUCUGAUGGAAGAUACCAAAGCUUCCAUUGUGAGUGUGUUCCAAAGUACAGGAGGCUCUAUGGAAUCCACCAAGGAAAAUGGUGCCAGGUUUUUCACAGAGACUACUGUUUCCAUGUCUGAACAUGAGUCAGAGGCAUAUCAACUAUUGAAAGAUAUCAUCACUCAAGAGAUGACAACACUGGUGGAAGAACCAGAAGGAACCUUACCCUUGGUGACACAAGAGCAGGUGGCCACCAUUGAGGUUCCCAGAGACAACAGUGGGCCUGAGGAAGGCAAGGAGUCCCCGUCUCCUGUGUCUGAUGGUGCUGGUGUCACUCAGCUGUCCAGAAGAUGGGAGCCCCUGGCCACUGCAGCUUCUGCUACAGUCGUCCCUUGGUCUCUUGAAGUCAGUCCUGCGGAAGACCUAAUGGACACAGUCACAGAGCCAAAUGAGGAGUUCAUACCAGUUUUGGGCUCCCCAGUGACACCCCCUGGAAUAACGGAGGAGGCCUCGCCCAGUGUGUCUCCAGCACUUCCUGUUUCUGAGGCACCUUUUGAGAGAAGAACAGUUCCUUCCAUUAGCCACCCUAAUACAGCUGCCUCUUACGGCUUGGACCAGCUUGAAUCUGAAGCAGCUCUUACCCCAACUUUAUCAGAGAUUUCCACUGAUAAAUUGAAGAUUUCAAACCCAGAGCUUCCCAAGCCAUGGGAUGAUGGAGACCUGCCACUGGACGAAGAGAAUCCUAACUCUCUUGAAGAAGAACUUCUUCACCCAAGAGCUAUUGUAAUGUCUGUGGCUAAGGAUGAAGAACCUGAGAGUGUGGACUUCCCUCCUCAGCCUGCACCUCCAGAAUCAAUUCCCUUUACGCCAUUUCUUGCGGGUACCAAGGCCCCUUCCCCACUUCAUGUGACAAGUUCUGGUUCAUCAACACUGGAGAGUACUUUGAGCGUUACUGUCACUGAAACAGAAACUUUGGAUAGACCCAUCUCUGAAGGAGAGAUUUUAUUUAGCUGUGGUCAAAAAUUGGCUCCCAAAACUUUAGGAAAUGGAGGAUUAUGUCUGACAAACCUAAAUGAUAGCUUAUCCAGCACACUGCAUGAUACCCUUGAAAUGGAAGAUGAUCCUCCCAGUGAAGGACAAGUGAUGAAGAUGUCCCAUAAAAAAUUUCAUGGAGAUGCAAUUCUUUCUCUUCUUAUUAAACAAAACCAGGAAUUAUUAGUUUCACAGCAAGCAGUGUAUCAUUCAGAGUAUGCUCAUUACGUGCGGGUGUCCUGUCUGUAUAAUACAAGUUAG